AAAAUAAAAGACCAUUUUUCAUAUUUUCACUUAAUUAAAUUGGCUUAACUCUGCAACAAGUGUCGUCAUCAGUCCUUUUAAAACACCUUGUAUCUUCCUUUUACCAAAUCCGCCAUUGAAGAAUAAGAGAGAGAGAAGAGAACUACUCAGAUAUAAAAACCCUAGAUUUCUUCUCUUAAAACCCACAUCGAAUCUCAACUCAGAACCAACAAUGCUCCAACCUUUCUCUUCCUCCUCUGUUUUCUCGAGAAUCCUCUGGACUUUCUUGGUUUAAGAAGAUUCGUUGUUGAAUCAGAGAGAAAGAAAGCAUCCAUUUUUCUAUCAUUGCUUGCUUGCUAUGGAAUUGGGUAAAUCUCGAUUCUACUUAUGUUGCAAUUGCUUUUCUCCUGUUAGAUUUUCCGAUUAUUCUUUAGCUGGAAGUGAUUAUCCAGACGCCAUCUCCAUCACUUUCAAUUGUAUUCCUAUACCUUCUUCUGAAGAUUCUUCGUAUUUCUCGAUUCGAUGUUUAUAAACUUCAAAUUCUCUUCCAAAUCUUGAAACGAAUUUCUCCCAAAAAUCUCUGUUUCUUCACAAAAAAACAAAAAAACAAUGUUGUGUGCAUCAUCUUCGCUUGCUCUUUUGGGUCCUCCUUCUUCAGCUAUGGUGACUAUGGCUUCUUCACCAGUGUCCAGAUUUGUUGGAUUUGGUCAUCAUACUAUUCUCAGGUAUGAUAAUGAUCAACGUCUUCGUCGUGGUUGUUCUUGGACUGGAAUUGAAAAGAAGAUCCCUUUUCCUCGGAAGAAGACUGCCUCUGCUUCUGCUUACCCUCUCUUUCGCAGUCAGCAUACUAAAGACUCAUCAAGACCCAAAAAUUACAAAGAGGUUACUAAGUCAGCCAGGCAAAUGUUUGCUCGAGAGAUCUCUAUCCAAUCGAAAGACAGUGAAAUUUCGAUUGCAAAGGUAUAUAAGAAAUUUCUCUUGUUAAGGUAUAAUCUCUGACUCUUGGUGACUUGCUUCACACCAUUAUUCAACAUGUUAUGACUAUGACUCUUAGAGAGUUUCUAUUAUUAGGUCUGAUGACUGAUGCUUUUGGUAAUAAAACACAUUUGGUGAAGUUUUCAUUUAUGUCAUAUAUCAUUGAAGCUUUCGCUAAUAUACUUGUGGAAAAUGGACUCACAGGUUCUCUUCUACAUUGCUGCUGAAGAUGAAGCCUUCUUGGCUGUUAACCGAGAGAGGGAUGCUCAGUCACUCAUGAAGGAGAGGGAAAGUGUACAAGAUCAGUCUGAUCCGAGUGAGACAGACUCUGAGGAGCUAUUGCAGUUAGAUGGAAAGAGUAUAUCUGAGUGGGUGAGUGAAAUAGAUGCAAUUUCCAAAGAAGUAGAGGCAGAGUUAGUCUCACGAGAUAUCGGCUGUCACUUGGUUCAAGUUCUUGAAGCUGUAAAUACAGUUCUCUUCGAUCUGAGAGGCUUCAAGAGGACAUCUAUUACUUUAGACCCGGAGAAUUCCUACCUUCACUCUGUACUUAACUGUAGAUGCAGCACUGCGUUUCUGAUUAGUGUAAUAUACAUUGAAGUUUGUAAGCGCCUGAAUGUACCAAUUGUUGGAUCUCCAGUUGGGGAAGAUUUUCUGAUUUGGCCUAAAACGGAGUAUCCUGAGGAACUCUUUAAAGCAACUUCAGGACAGAGCUUGUUCUCUAUUGUCAAUGGAAGGUGUGUUGAUGAUCCUGGAUCAAUGGCAUCAGACUUAACUGCAAAAUCACUUCAAGACCUCGACAUGGCAACAAACAGAGACAUUAUAGGGAUUGCUCUAGCCAAUUUGAUUAGGCUUCACUGGAGACGUGCUUCUAAGUCAUCCCAUGGACUUAUGCUGACUUCUCCUCUUAGUCAACUUAACAACAUCAGUAGUUCUAAUUUCCCAUUGUUGCGGCCUCAAGAUCUUAGGUUGGCUAUUGCGGCUGCAGAAAGGUUGUUGAUUUUGCAACCUCAUAACUGGGCACUUCGCAGAGACCUUGGUAUGAUGCUGUACUACGACAGGCAAUAUGGAGAGGCGGUACAAGAGCUGAGCAUAUGUAUGGCAUUUGCUCCUCCUGAAGAAGAAGCUGUGUUGGAGCCAUUUGUAGAAAGACUUCAUCUCCUUCGUCUCAUAUCUUCAUUGAAGCCUCUUGGUUCUGAUCGCUUGACCGUUCCUUGACUUCUCUCUCUCUCUCUCUCUACUCCACUUGUAAAUUCACUCUCUUUCUUUCUCUGUUGUGUGUUUGAAGAACCUUUGUAGUAGGAGACAUGGAGCUUUUGUUGUUUGUUGUAACUCUACUAGACUACUACUGUUGUUUUCUAAUCAGAUCUAAUGGAUUUGGGCCUCCAGCUAAAUUUUGAGUUUCCCGUGAAUCCAUAUUUCAAGGUUUUAUCUAUUUGGGCCUCAACAGCUUAAGCUUAUAUAAGACGAGCCGAUUCGAUCA